AUGUGGCUCCAUACAAUGGGGAUGAACCCUUGGGAGGAUGAGCAGGCUGAUGAUCUCUCUGCUCUGCUCAAACGGAGGGAGGCUAUCAGACAAUACCAGGAGCUCAUUGACAAGAACAGGCCCAAGAGAUACAAAGUUCAAAUCUGGGGGAAAGCUGCCAUAGGUAAGCCAUGCCUUUUUAGCGGUGCUCCGAAAUAAGUUGUCAAGUAUUGCUUGAUAUCUCCUCUUUGCUUGAUGCUUCCUCUUACAGUAACAGUUAAGCUACAUGAUGGUGUAAAACACAAGUUAUUAUGGACAUUGUCAGCACCUACCUGAGGAGGCAUGGGGGCUUCGUGGACCUGCUCUUCCUGGUCUAUGACAGCCCCUGGGUCAACGACAAGGAUGUCUUCCAGUGGCCCCUUGGAGUAGCCACGUAUGUCUUCAUUUCUGGGAUCUGGGGCCAUGUAGCAAGCAUUUCAGAGUAUGAGUGCUGAUCUAGGAUCAGUUUGAUAUUUUAGAGACAUAAUUAUAUGGACGGGAGGAACUGAUCAGCACUUUGAAUAUGGACCAUGAUUCUGUUUUUGAAGCCUUUUCUUGAUUUUUUUUUCUUCUCAUGAUCUAAGAGUUCCUCUCUUCUUGUUUGUCGUCUACUCUCACCAUACACCUUUUAUUUAGCUCAUGUUUCCAUUUCAGUACACCAUACAUAUCCAUUGUACCAGAAAGAAGCGUUAUUUGACUGUGGAUUUCUAUGCCUCUCUCUGUUCAUAUACAGACAGUUUCCUGUGGUCAUGGUAAACUCCCAGAUGGUGAGCUACACCAGGCCCUUCCUCUGAAACUUCCUGGGAACCGUCUACAAGAACUCCUCGAGGGAAACACUAAUGGGGAUCUUGAAAAAAACAGGACUGGACAAAGAGUGCAUCACUACUGCCCAAGAGAAGUAUGUCACUAUGCUAUGCUGUCACUCACUGUCUGUAUCAGUUCACUCUAAUGGUUUUCAGUCCAGUUUUUGCAUCCUGGAAAUACUGGAAAUACUGUUGUUAGGCCUUGUUUACCAAUGAAACUCUGAGUCAACAUUCUCAAACAGCAGUUUUUAUCUUUUUUUAUCUUUGCAUAAAAUAAUUAAUGAAGAGCAAAGGAGAAUUUACAAGAACUGUGUAUAUAUUCACAGCAGAAGCACUGUUUAAAUGCGUAAUACAUUACAUUAACCCUCUGCUCACUAGUCCUUACUGUCCCUCCUCCUCCUCCUCCUCUCCUGCAUCAGGUGGCUUCCUUAGGAGACGGCAGAGAGUCUGAGACGGUACCAGACAGCCCUGGCCCAAAGCGAGUUCACCCUCUGCCCGGUGGGAAUCAACACAGAGUGCUACCACAUCUACGAGGCCUGUGCCUACGGUUCGGUGCCCGUGGUGGAGGACAUUGUGACCCCAGGUGGGUGCUCUGCUGCACGCAGCUCCCCACUGCGUCUCCUCAAAGCUGCAGGAGCCCCCUUCAUCUUUCUCAAGGACUGA